CUCAUACAAAUACAGUCCCAUCAGCACGCAGAGUCAAACAGGCUCAAGGGGAGGAGGGAUCAAUCCCCGCCCAUCGGCAACGGCGUGACGGCACCGGGGGCCAACCGAAUGCGGCGAAGGUAAUCCACCACCCUGCAGACCACAGCACCACACAUAAGUGCCAGGCUGCCAUCUGGCUGUGGUCGUGUUACUUGUGGAAGUCGGCUGCAGACACAUCGACGACAGGCCCUCUGUACCUGCACACGGACAAAAUGGGUCCGAGGUGAGGUGCAUCGACCAUGUGACUUCUGCUUUGCUUGCGUCCCUUCCCACUUGGUGAAUCGGUCGUAGAGUAUGUUGUAGUCGGCCAGCGUGGCGUCGGUGGUAGCCACCACACUGCCAUCAUCCACAGUCACGCUGAGGACCUCCCUGCCGCCCGUGCCGCCCGCCGAUGUGUCGAUGAAGGGGCCCAUGACGGCCAUGAAGCCGCGGAAGGCCUCACUGUUCUCAUCGCCGGGCUGGGCGUCGAUGCUCAGGUCGGUGUGGGCCAUGAAGCGGUCGUGGUAGAAGGCCAACGAGGGGCAGCCGUCAGUGAUCUCCGUCACGGCGAUGCGGACGUCUUGGAGGUAACGCAGCUUCACAGCCAACCUGACACCGCAGACACACACAGAGAUGGGAGAACCAACCGUGAGCAGCGGUGCUUGCUUCCCUCCCCUCCCCUCUCACCAGGUGAAGGAGAAUGGGUCUGCGUCGAUGAAGUGAAUGCCGUCGGCAUCUCUAAUCAUCCAGCUAUCGAAACGGUUCAGCAGCACCGCCAGGCAGGUGUCCUCGAGGCCAUCCCGACGCAGCACAUCACGCGGGAACGCCAUGAGUGUGCCGCCCACGUUGAGCAGCAGCGGCCGGCUGCUAAUCUUGUCUGCAGCUGCUGGCUUGCUGCUGGCGUCUGCCGUGUCCUUGCUGAUGGACGACGAGGUCUUCAUGGCUGAUGCGGCGCUGACGUGGCGAGAGAGAGGCUGCGGCCAGAGAUGGAAUGAGUGCUGAUGGUU